CAGCUUUAGUUCAGCAUUAAUUUAAAUUUUUAUAUAACAGAAAGGUUAUUUUUAGUGUAUUGCUUUAGAAAUAAACUCCAGUCAUGCCUUUCAUGAAAGGUCUUGCUCCUAUAAGGAGAACUGUAAAUUAUUUAGAGGCUGGUAGAUUAAUUUUCAAAGAUAGGAUAAAGAUAUUUUCGGUAAAUCUGAACUUCAAAGGAGAUCAUCAUCAGGGUGCAAGGGACUUUGUGUUCUGGCACUUUUGUCAGAUACAAUACAAGAAUCCAAGUGUACAAGUUAUAUCAUACUACGAUCUGACGCCUUCGCCAUUCAUUUCCUGCUAUUUUUCUGAUGGACAAAAGAUGUUGAUAGAUAUAGAAGCAAAAUCCAAAGAUGAAAUACUUGACCACGUGAUAAGAGUUGUUGGAAAACCAAGUGAUGUUCUUCAGGCUGAAUCGAAAGCUAGAGAAAAGAAAGAUAACCCAGCCAAUUUCGGCUACAUGUGCGAGAAGCAUUGCAUUUGCGAAAUAGAAGGUCAAAUCCCUUGUCCGUCGGUGGUACCGCUACCCAAAGUCAUGAGAGGGAAGUACAUAAUGCAACAAAGAAACAAAUAAUGCUGAGUAGUGUGAGUGUAAUGUGCAACAAGUGAGUGAGUGUUAAUAGAUUAUAGAAACUGAUAAAUGUUACUCAUAAAGACUUAUCUGAAAUUCUACACAAAUAUGAAAUUCUACACAGAACUAAAAUAUAUUGUUUAUUGUUUCAAAAUAUGUUCUUUCUUUAGUACAAACUGGCUUGUUCUAAUAGAUUGUUACAUUUCAUUUUUCCUUUUUCAUGCCAUUUUAAAAAUUAUUUGAUAAAUAAUUUGAAGGAAUAUAUUAUGAUAUUCAAAGAUAUAGUUCUAUGGGAGAAGGGUCAUUCUAUAAUAAUGUAUUAAUUUAUUUGUAAAUAUUACAAAUGUGUUUGACAUUCAUCCAAUGUGAAUACUGGAAUUAAGUUUGAAUAAUCUAACCUACUCUAAUCUGAAAAUUAAUGUAUGUCAUCGCAUUAUUUAAGGAAUAAUUGGUAAUCAAUAUCAAUAGCCUAACUUUGCAGUAAUCUAAACUAAAUUCAAAUUUGAAGGAGCCUGGAUUCAUUAGGAAGCAUCCCUGAAUUACAUUACACAAAAAUAUGGUAUUUUCAACCCCUUUUUUCACCUGAGGUAAAAAUUACGAUUCGACUUGUUUUUUAUUUAAAAAAUGGUCGUAACUGGUACGGUAACAUAUGAAAUUCAUUGUAUAAUGAUAUUGAAUGUUAAUUCAUGGUGUUUGUAGUUUAUUAAACUGGGUUUUAUUUUCAUUAUAUUUUGUAAAUUUAAAAUUAAGGAUUUUUGCCAAACAUACUAGAGCACUUGAUUAUUCGGAAUCGAAGUUAUGAAUGCAAGGUAGUACCUCAAGUACUGUAUUUCAAAUUGAUAUUAUGAACGCCAUAUUUCGUAAUGAAUCGAUAAACAUCCGAAAAUAUUUAUUGAAUUCUGCUAAUACCUCUUAUUAUAAUAGGACUAAACUGUGAGAUCAAGUGAUCAUAAUCUCUAUUUGAUUCAGUGACAUGACAGACUAUUAUAAUGGGGCUGAUAAAAUUGUAUUAAGUUCCGUCCUCAUCACUGACUGUCAAGAGGCAUCUAUUUUUCCAGUCCAAUAUUACUUGCCAUGAAUUUUCACCGUCGUCGACAGUAUUGAAUUUUUAAACAAUGGGUUACCUCCCAUUGUAAAAAUUCGUGGCAAAUAAUCGACUAAAUUACAACAUUCAGUCUUAUCUUUCGAAAAAUUAUGCUAACUUCCCCCAAUUUUGUGAUGAAUUUUUUGUAUUUUUUACACAUUGUCAAUGAAUGCUUCAUCUUCUGAUACAAUAAGAGGAAAUUCCUGUUUCCUAGAAGCAAUGAACAUAUCUGAUGUGGCUGAAUCUUACUCCUAUAAAAUUGUAAUUGCUACUUUGUUGUGUAUCCAUUCUUUUCCAUUAUUAAUUUAAACGUUGAAUUUAAAAACACUUUUUAAGAAGGAACACUCACUUUUUAGCAAUGGUGACGUUUCGACCUGUUGUGGGUCAUCUUCAGACUGGGACGUUUGCUACUAAAAAGUGUUUUAACUUCAAAAGUAUUUUUCAAACUGUAAUUGUUAUCAUUUCAAAUCGAUUUAAUCUAAUCGGGAAACAUAUUAACAAUUCAUAUGCAGAAAUAAAGGUUUCCAAACCAGAGUAACUCAGUUACUGUAUUAUCUUACUUGCAGUUUUAGUAGAUAUUAAUAGUGAACAUCUAAUAUCUUCCUUUUAGUAGAUAACAUCAAUUAACCUUCAACUGGGUUGAUAAUAUUAUCAAACGAUACUAUGCAGCAUUGUUUUUUGUAACUAAUAAUCAUGCAAAUUUAUAAAAAAAAAUAUUCCACGGAAAUGUAUAUUUGUUGCAAAAAUAGCUGUAAUAGUGUUGGAACUGAGCUGGAAGUGACUUGAUGUCAUUCAGCCAAUUGGGAUGAAAGUGGUUCAAGUGUGUUGGAUGCCUGGAAGCUGCCAAAGUCGAGAACGUCUUCAAGUGGAGUAAAGCAGAGCUUAGCAGUCCCAGCCUCCCUUCUCAACAACUCAAUACUGUCGUCAAUUACCAAUUGCCGGCCACUAGGAACGGAUGUCGUGUUGAUCCCCUCUUGACGCUCCUUAGCCUCCCUUCCCCUCCAGCGGUGGCCAGCACCAUUUCUCCGUCAGCUGCCUGCCUCAUCGAGUGAUUUAUUCAGUUGUGUUUCUGGUGCAACAGAUCGCAGCAUGGUGGAAUGUCACAAUCCUGUCUCAUCAAUUUCUCCUUACUGAAACAAUGCAUAAGAGUGAUGCCUCUGAAGAUUUUUGUUUGGUGUUGCGUUCUACUGCAGAUUGCAGCUGCUCUAACAGGGGACAACGUUUGCAGACGAGUCGAAACGAGCUCCGAGACAGUUCAAUAUGUAAUUCAAGAGCCGGUGACAUAUCGACUAUACACAUGGUGUUUGAAAAUGCCACCUAGGUGCUCCAAGUAUUCAACUAUAAUGAAAGAGAGAAUUAAGUCAAAGAUACAAAUAAAUAAUAAUACAAUAGAAGAAUGUUGCGAGGGCCAUGUUGAGCUAUCGGGAAUCUGUGUUACGGAAUGCAAUUCAACGGAAUGCCCGAAUAUGUUGUGCAAAACGGAAGAUUCACUAGUAAAAUGUAAAUGCAGAUCUGGCUUUAUGGGAUACAAAUGCAAUAAACCUUGCCUGUAUGGUUUCUGGGGCGAUGGUUGCUUCGACAAGUGCGAAUGCAACGGGGAAUCGUGUGAUGCAGCGACUGGCGAUUGUUUGAAAACAACUACAACUACUUCUCAGACAUCGGAGACUCCUCCCACAACAAAUUCAGGCCAAUCGCCUAAAACAAAUAUACCUACAUCAACUUUAAGUGAACAGAAGACCUCUGUUUCCAAAACGGACAAAAAUGAUUACACUCAAGAUGUGUAUCCUGACCUUUCUUUAGAUCCAACAGGGAUGCCACCUGCAGUUAGUCAGCAGGAGGAUUUCCCAGCCACGUUAUUACCUGCACCAGAAGACGAAAUCAUUCUAUUGUAUCCAUCUUCUAGAGCUCAAACACCCGGCGGACUUCAAAAGAUAAGAGACAACAUUGCUUCUCUUUCUGUAUCCAGUACAACCGAGAGCUCAAUCUUCACAUCUGAUUCGAUUCCCAGACCUCCCAAAUCAGAAGAUACAUUGGAAAAACUGGAUGAUGUAGUGAGACAUACUCUUUUCACCAAGGAUUCUGAAUUUGGUUCUAAAAACGAGAAUGAUCUUACAGAGAAAUUCCACAUUAAAAGUACAACCGACCAUGGACCUAAUCAGAGCACAUCAAGAUUUCCGUUCAACAUAAACCCCAACACCGAUUCAACAACGCAUUCAUCAAACCAAAAACAUAAAUACUCAGACGACUGGGACAAGAUGGGGGAGAAACGUUACCAAAAUAAGAAUGAUAAUGAUUUUGACAAUAAUCUACAGAUAUCGAAUGGCGCCACGAAUUAUACUGAUUUCAAAAAUGGUCUAAAUACCAAUGAGAUUCAAAAAGACAUGGGAGCUCGCAAUAGUGAAGAGAAAUUGAGUUCAUCUGACAUGACCAUCAAUAGUUCAUUGGUGAAAGCAAAACGUCAGAGAGGAGCAUUUGAUUUACUGGACUUCAAUUCACUUCUUAUACUGUUAUCAUUGGCAGCUACAAUUAUCUUGAGUUUUAUUCUGAUAAUUGUGUCGGUUGUACGCUGUAACAGACUGAAGGCCGAGGCGAGUGUAACUUAUGACGACACUGUCAAUUGUGACAACUCAAUAAGAACUGGCCACUAUUCCACUCCAGGUCAACCAAUCUUCUUCUGCCCAGCAUUCUCGAAUUCAUAUGCAAUAGAGUUGGCACAAGAGCUUCGAGAAGCCCAAUACGAUCAUCCAAAAAGUUCUUGCUGCCUCAAUGAGCCUUUGUAUGCAGAAUUGAAAUACUAAUAAUUAUACAAAACUGUUAUCAGGCAUCGUUCAUCACAACCUUUACAAAUAAAUUUUUUAAAGUAUUUAUUUUUAAAAAAUGUACAAAUAAAACUUAAGAUACGA